CUGAAGUCAGCACAAAAUGAUUAUUUAAAAAAAAAUCAUGAAACCUUAGUCUGGAAGCUGUUUCUUUAUAUAUUCCGCUUGUUCUCUAGCUGACUUUCCUCAGUAGCACUUAAACCCUAAACAUCAGAGAUCAGCUUGUCUGCAUUGUCCAAACAGAGGCAGAAUAUAUGUAACCAGAUCACAAAUAGUAUUGCAUAGCUAAAAGUCUUCUAAAUCCAAUUACAACUGUUAAGUACGGAUUGUUUUGUUUCUAAUCUAUUAUCCUGGAAUCGUGUGGCUCACAUCUUUCUCACUGAAUAUACAAGCCAUUAGUUUAAAAAGAUUUGGAACUGCGAUAGCUGCAAGCUGCAGGCAAACCCUUUUUAAGUGGUUUUAUUACAGCCUAUUUGCCUCUCCCGCAGAAAGGGAGGUGGCUGCUGUAAACACCAGGGUAAGUCGGUGUCAUGCUGCUCUUGUAGCAUGUGACUGCCUGGUUCCCGGGACUGUCCUAUCCUGUUUCAGAUCUUGCUGUUCAGCGCUUCCAGCAAAUGUUCUCUUCUUCUCUUUUCGUUCUUAACUCACACCUGGGAAUCAAACUGAACAAAAUACAUAUCCCAAACAGGAAGCAAAUUUCUUGCAGGAAGUCAAGUAAAUAGCUAGACAAGAAAGUGGAGUUUCGGGGGUAUCUCAUAGGUAUCAUGAGCAGUUUGCUCUUAAAGUUGGUGUGCUGCAAUGAUUCUUGCUGGUUCUGUGCAGCUGGGGUAGGAGCAAGCUGAGAACACAAGCCCUCCUUGCUGCACUGAGGUACUGUUCCUGAAAACAAGAGGAAACAUGGUUUGUACAGCAAAUGAAGCCUAAAUUCCUGGACCAAAAACUGAGGGCUUGUUUUCAUGAAGGAUGGCAACACCAUAUGUUCCUGUUCCUAUUCCUAUUGGAAGUUCAUCAUCCAGCUUUACAAACAGAAACCAAAGAAGUUCUUCCUUUGGGAGCAUUUCAACAAGUUCGAGCUCCUCAAAAGGGCAGCUGGAGGACUCUACAGUUGAUAGUUUUAAAAAGAUGAGCGUGCCUGACCAGAUUGGUUCCACGUCAUCUGCGUGUAGCAGUCCCCUUGUUAGGACUAAAUUUACAGGUCUGGAUACAUCCAUAGAAUACAGUACUCAGCCUGUAGAAGAAGUAGAGCAGAAUGAAGAUUCCAGAACCUGGGAAGAUCGACCAUCCACACCUACUAUUCUGGGCUAUGAGGUGAUGGAGGAAAGAGCAAAAUUCACUGUAUACAAAAUACUGGUGAAAAGAAGUCCAGAGGAAAGCUGGGUGGUUUUCAGACGGUACACAGAUUUCUCCAGGCUUAAUGACAAGCUUAAAGAUAUGUUUCCAGGCUUUCGGUUGGCCCUUCCGCCAAAGCGCUGGUUCAAGGAUAAUUACAAUCCUGACUUCUUGGAAGAUCGACAGCUGGGGUUGCAGGCAUUCCUCCAGAACCUAGUAGCUCACAAAGAUAUUGCUAACUGCCUUGCAGUGAGAGAAUUUCUUUGUCUGGAUGAUCCUCCGGGUCCUUUUGACAGUCUAGAAGAGAGCAGGGCUUUCUGUGAAACUCUGGAGGAAACAAACUAUCGCCUACAAAAAGAACUGCUUGAAAAACAAAGGGAGGUUGAAUCACUGAAGAAAUUAUUAACUGAAAAGCAACUUCAUAUCGAUGCUGUUGAAAAAAGAAUUAGGGAUUUAUCUUUAGGAAAAAUGACUCGUCAAAUGUCAGGAGAAGAAAGUGAGUGCAGUGGUGAGGUGGAGUCUUCUGCAGUAGAAGCAGACCAGGGUACCCUGGGUGAGGACAGCUGCUCAGACAAAGAGAACCAUGAGCCAUGCUGGAGUGGCUCUUUGGCUGGAAAUUCUGUCCCAGAAAUUGAAGUUGCUGAAGUAGCCUAUACCACGGAUGAAGAAUAGCUGAGCAGCAGCAGCUGUUACCUGGAAAAGGUUCAUGUUAAGGGUGUAUCUGUGGGUAGGAUCAUAGAGUAGCUGUGAAGAAUUCACAGCAAAGAGCAAGAAUGCACAUAUUGAAUGUUUACAUAAAUCCUUACAAAUUAUUAAUGUAAGAAAUAUAUCCAGUGCUGCUUUGAUUUCAGUUUUUAUCUAGCCUUUAUAUAUUUAAUAUAUUGAAGUUUAAUAAGGGCUAAAAUCAGCUAAAGUUUAGAUAGUGUAUAUACACAAUUUGGCUGACUUUCCUAGCAGAAUGACAAAAGGUUCACAUUAAAUCAUGGAACACAUCUGACUCAUGUCAUAUAUUGCCACUGUUGUGACACAUUUGAUGUGUUCAUCUGUUUGGUGUUUGUGUUUUCUUAUAGCCAUAAAAUAAUGCUUGCUGAAGUAAAAAUGGACUCAUUUGUGUAUAAGAAUGGAGAAUGUGUUGGUUUUAAAUUCUAAAGUUGAAGAAAGUUUCUCUGGAAGUUUUAUGCAAUGCAAUAGGAAAACUUCCAGUACCAAGAGAAAGGUAGUUACACAAUGGGAUCAUAGUUGGUCAUUGUAAAAUGGUCAUUUUUGAUGACCAUGUUUACAAUGGUCAUUGUAAAAUGAUCAUCAUCUCAAACUGAUCUGAGACCCCCAAAACACUGUGUAUUUUCAUCCCAAGAUAGCAUGCUGUAAUACUUUUUGUUCAGUAAUGCUGCUUUGAAAAUCUGGGAUACCUUUGUUAUAUACAUGUAACAUGUAACAACAAAAUCUGUAAAUUUGCCUUUUACUCGGAACACUACCUCUUACCACCUUGCUAAUGCAUUCAUGUUUGUUUAAAAAUAUUCCAGAUUAUAUGGAGGCUAUUGAAAGACUUGUAAAGAAGCCAUAUUUUUUCCUGCACAGUUCAUAACUAGAUUGAAUCUAGUCGCAGUGUAUUUUUGUUUCAAUAUAUGGUACACAUGGGGAUGUUGGUACCUGUGUUGUACAGCCUGUUUUUCAAAAUGUGUUAAGACAGGAGAUGCACUUUAUAAUUAAUACUCCAUUGUGCCAAGUUCAGUUGGCUAAUUGGUUGAGAAAUGGGAGUUGCAGGGAGAGGAUUAUGUAGUGCCUUUUUGUAUUUUACUUGUUCAUUACUGCAGAAUUUUGUUACAGUGCUCUGGGUCAAUUCUGUGGAAUCUUUGAUACAGCAUAUUUCUGUUCUUCACUUAUUUACUGAAAGUGCCUUGUUUUAUUAUGCUUUUCCAAUAGAAAGAAUGCUGUUUUGUUUUAAUUUUUUUUUGCCCUAUACCACCCACAUCGUUGUUUAAUGUUGUCAAUAUGCAGUGUCUUUGUGCUGGAGUUUUCAAAGGGAGCUUUGUACUUCAGGCUAUGCAUACAAUGACCUUUUUGCAGAACUGUAUAAACCUUCCUGGUGAAAUAAAACUAUGGACAAAA